CUAAAAUUUGAAUCUUUGAAAAAUCUCUAAAAAUACCUUUUUCUUUUUCCUCAUAUCCGCCUCAGUUCAAUCAAUGAAAAGCCUUAAUUCCUCAAAAAAACCCUUCAUUUCUUCUGCUCCAUUUUUAGCCAUUUUUCUCCCAAAAGUCAAAUCUUGAAUUCAAACGCCCAAAAGCCCUCACUGCAGAUUUCUACACUCAAAGCUCGUCGCAAAUUCUGAGUUCUUCGAGAUUUGGAAGAAAAAUCCAUAAAGCAUUUUGAAUUUUUUAUGGUGUAAAUGGCGCCCACUCCAUCGGCAAAAUCGAACCAGACCCAUUUCGGGAACCCGAAGACACCUCAAUCCAAACACCGCCUGAACUUCAACCUCGCCAGGCCAUCCCCGAACCCCGCCGCAAAAGAAGCCCCGCCGGCGGAGCACCCGGUGGAAGUUGUGGGUCGGAUCCGAGACUACCCGGAUCGGAAAGAGAAGCCCCAGGCGGCCCUAAAGUUGAACGCCGACCGCCAGUCGUUGAGGGUGAAGACUGAUAUAGGCUACCGAGACUUUCACCUUGACGGGGUUUCCUUCUCCGAGGAAGAAGAUAUCGAUCUUUUCUACAAGAAAUUCGUCGAGGCGAGGAUCAAUGGGGUGAAAUUGGGGGCUAAAUGUACCAUUAUGAUGUACGGUCCAACCGGUGCUGGGAAGAGUCACACCAUGUUUGGUAGCUCCAAGCAGCCCGGAAUUGUGUACCGAUCGUUGAAGGAAAUAUUGGGGGAAGGAGAUGAAGUGAGUGAGAAUUCUGGAGUUGGGACUUUUGUUCAAGUCACUGUCUUGGAGAUAUAUAAUGAGGAGAUUUAUGAUCUGUUGUCAACUAAUACUGGUGGGGGUUUUGGUUUUGGAUGGUCUAAAGGCAAUGCUUCUAAGGUAAGGUUGGAAAUCAUGGGGAAAAGGGCAAAAAAUGCGACUUUUAUUUCGGGGAAUGAUGCAGGCUCUCUAUCAAAAGAGAUCCAGAAAGUAGAAAAGAGAAGGAUAGUUAAGAGCACUCUCAGUAAUGACAGAAGUUCCAGAAGCCAUUGCUUGAUAAUUCUUGAUGUCCCAACAGUUGGAGGGCGGCUUAUGCUUGUUGACAUGGCAGGUUCUGAAAAUAUAGAACAAGCUGGACAAAAUGGUUUUGAAGCAAAAAUGCAGACUGCUAAGAUAAAUCAGGGGAAUAUUGCACUGAAGAGGGUUGUUGAAUCCAUUGCAAAUGGUGAUUCUCAUGUGCCAUUUAGAGAUAGCAAGUUGACCAUGCUUCUACAGGAUUCUUUCGAAGACGACAAGUCAAAAAUUCUCAUGAUCUUGUGUGCCAGCCCGGAUCCAAAGGAGCUGUACAAAACUAUUUCGACCCUCGAGUAUGGUGCCAAGGCAAAAUGCAUUGUUCGCGGUCCUUCUACACCAAUCAAAGACAAGGGCGGUGAUGACUCUUCAUCAGCAGAUGUUCUGGGAUCAAGAAUUGCAGCAAUGGACCAGUUCAUUUACAAGCUGCAGGUCGAGAACAAGCUUAGGGAGAAGGAGAAGAAUGAAGCUCAGAAGGAGCUAAGGAGAAAAGAAGAAGAAAUUUCUGCAUUGAGAGCUAAACUGGUUGCAGCAGAAGGGAAAGGGCUGAAGAGUAAAGAAGAGGAGGUUAACAUUAAGGUAAAGGAACAAACCAUGGUGAUGAAAAGUGAAUUAGAGAAGAAGAUACAAGAGUGCCAGCAAAUGGCAAACAAAUUCGUCGAAAUGGAGAGGAGAAAGAUGGAAGAACGAAUGCUUCAGCAGCAACAAGAAGUAGACUUGCUGAGAAGACGCCUCGAAGAGAUUGAGCUUGAUCUUCAUCGUUCCAAAGGGUCAGCCGACUUGGGGGGAGAAACCAGUUUUGCAGAAAGAAUACUGGAGAUUUAUUCUGACGAUUCGGAUAUGGUAAAGUCCAUGGACUUGUCUAAGUCCUACGAUAUGGAAACAAUUAAGCGAGAUGCUGCUGGGGUUUAUAGAACAGAAAAUAGCAGUAGUAGUAUGGAUACAAUUUUCGGGUACAACAGUAUUUCCAAUCCAAGUGGCGGUGAAGAAGAUGUUGUCACCGACGUACCCACUUUCACCACCAACAAAGUAUCUUUGAGUACAGUAUUCGAAGAGGAAGAAGAAGAAGAAGACGGGGAAGAUCAUAAUAACAAAUGCUCCACCGACGAGGAGGUGCAGAAAGAGGUAGUCGAGGAGAAGACAAUAUGUUCAAGUGCAGUUGUGGGUAUGCCAGCAGAUAUGUUGAGCCAAAUAGGCAACCUUUUAGUGGAAAAAUCUUCUGCAAAUGAAGAGGAUGCAGAAGGGGCCUCAUAUAGGGAAAGAAGAAUACAGAACAUAUUCACUCUCUGUGGAAACUAUAGAGAAAUGUCUCAAAACAUGAGAGAAACUCCUAUGCUUGACAGUGGCUAUUUGUCAUCAUCCCCUCCUCCAGCCAAGACAAUUCAAGAGCAUUCUGCGACAAAGAGUGUCUCAAAUGAACAUAAAUCAGCUGAAAAGAACACGAAUCUCUUUGAAGCAAAGGAUUUGAAAGAGAACUUCAACCCAUCAGAUGAAAACAGCCGCGAUUUGGAAGUGUAUGUUAAAUGGACCCCUUCAAAGGAUUCAUCAGGCGCACCGGGGCCUAAAGAACAGCAGGAAGCCAGAACAUCGGCAAGCAAGCUUCCCACUUGCAACAACAAUCAAUUACACGGCGGCCACCUCAAUCAGCUCCCUCUCGGCCAAGUACAGAAUUUACUUCCUGUUGAUGGCUUUUGAGCCAAAAUGGCAGAUGAUGAUGCGCUGUUGGUGCAUUUUGGGUUCAUUUUCUUGUGUAUCUUGUACUAGUUAUCAGUCAGUUGAUGUGUAUUUUUUGGGGUUUUUGUUUUCACUGUUCAUAUGGGAAUUCAGUAUCAGUCUGACCAUGUUCUAAUGAAGUAAAAACUUCUAUGCUUGCUAAGUUGAUCUCAUUACUUGCAUGAUUUUGAUUAACCUUAGCUUCCUUCCAUUUGUACAAUUUGUAUUUGUCCAGUAUUCAUGAUUUGUUUCAGUAAUUGUUUAUAAAA